GCAGCCAAGAAAAUUCAGGUAUCCAAAUGGUGGGCGAUGAUGAAGGUAUUUUGGGGUUAUAAACACCACAAUGGAAGCUAAACACAUAUACAACCUCAAACCCACCGCCACCACCACCUCAUCAUCCUUUUCUUUCAGAGAACAAGAACAAAAAAACAAACUAUCAAAUCCCCUUUUCGCUUUUCCUUUUUGAUUUUUUUUUGUCUGCGCUUGUCAUUUGAUUUAUUUGCUGUUUGGAUUGAUUGGGUGAUCUGGGUUUAUAUUGAAGUUACAUGGGAGAUUGUUGGAAAUGAAUCAUCUGCCGGGUUCCUUGAUCAAUAUAAUUGGCAAAAGUCUUGAUUCUUUCUGGGAACCAUGAUUUCUAUGUGCUUUAUCACUUGCUGGCAUGGAGGGCAGCAGAUCUGUGCUACCAGUUAUUGUUAUCUGCACCCGACAUUUAUACCUAUGCAGUCUAAUCAGAAUGUUGGAGCUGACAUUUGGAUGCCUUUCGUAGAUACAUAGUACUAGUUUAUUUGUAGAUUAAGAAACUUCCUUGUGCAGAAAUCACUUGCUUUCUACUUGUGGAGUUAAUAGUAGAAUUGUUGUUAUUAGAUUUAGGAUAACAGCAGCUAGAUUAUUAGGAAGCUUGAAUUUCACAUGCCUAUUUGGUGAAAGAUCGUAUCUAUUGGUAGAUAAAUUGAGCUGAAGUUAUUGCAUUAGUAAAAAAAAAAGAAAGGAGAGGAUAAAACACUGGCUAGGUAAGGGGUUGGUACUGGAUAAUUCAUUCAGCUCCUUAUAUCAGUUGCAAUAAAGAUUCAUAAUGGGUUUGCCGCAAGUACGCUUGGAUAAUAAUGCCGAGGAAGCUGUAGCUGCUCCCUUGUGCUCCUUUUCGCAAAGUUCACUGCAAUUUGCCAUUGUAAGCACCUGUGAUCGGGAUGGAAUUGAUGGAGGAGAUAUGAGCACAGCUGGGGAUAUGUGCUCUUCCAUUGGAGAUUUUCAAAGGAAGACAUCCUUGGAGCAUGGAAGGUUUUCAGAAGAUUCAUUUAGAUUUGGAGGGGCAAUGGAAGUAAGCUCCAACAUUCAUGGGUUGAAAAUUGGGUCCUUGGAUAAAUGUAGUUCCUUUACCCCUAUAAGCAGACGAAAUAUCCAGAGUCCUGCUUCAAGGAUAGUGGGUUUUGAGUCGAGUGGAACCAGUUCUCAUGGUAGUGAACUUGUAAAAGUUUCUAGUGAUUCUGUUAAUUCCUCUUCUAUGGUUGGCAUAACAGCUAAUGAAACUGAAUCCAGUGGAUCACUAGUCAGGAAGCGGUUAUCGUCACCUUUGAAUAGUAUGCUUUCUCUAGAGAAGUUCAAUGGCGAUCCUCUGGACAUAAGCUGCGGCAAUUUUGGGCCGAGUUUCCGUAGUGCUAAUAAUGCCAAUGUUUCUGUGUUGGAACAAGACUUUCAGAUCGAAAAUGUUGGCAGCAAGUUCCAAUACUCUGCAUCUUCUUGGUCCUUAUCUAGUUGCUUGGAACAGAGUGAUAUUCUUUACGACAACAGCAGAAAUGCGUCUACUUUCUUUACGGAUGGGCCAUUGCUAGAAAACAGAGACCCGAAGCCUCCUGAUAGUUGUCUAAAUUCUAGUGGACUUCAAAAAUUCAGCGAUUCAAGUAAUGAAAGAUCCAGAAGUGGUGCAAUAUCCAUUUCCUCUAGAAAGACAAUCUCACCACCUCUUUCAUUGUCGCCUCUUGGUCCAAAGUUCCCUGAGAGGAUAAAAACUGCAAUUGAAUUUAGAAAUGUCAAACGCCAGGUAGAGGAUUGCCACUCAAACUCGAAGCGCAUUAUACAGUCAUUUGACGGACCUGAAUUGGGCAUUAUAUUUCCUCCCAAAGAAGAGUUCAGUGUUACCAGCCGAUCAUCUGAAGAGAUUGAUCUCUUGCAGAAAGAGUUUCUUCCAUCUUCCCUGGAAAGCAGUGUUGGCAUCACUUGGCCUUUUCUCCAAGAAUCUGCACCAUCCCCAUGCAGGAGGUUCAUUAGAAGCUUGAGUGGACUACCUGUUAGGAGGUCCUUGGUUGGUUCAUUUGAGGAGUCACUGUUAUCUGGACGAUUUUUUUCAGGGAAACAUAGCCGGAGAAUUGAUGGUUUUCUUGCUGUUCUAAGCAUCACUGGAGGGACUUUCUCACCACAGUCUCAGAAGCUUCCAUUUUCAGUAGCUAGUGUGGAUGGUGACUGUUGUUUACUGUAUUAUGCAUCCAUAGACCUCUCAGGAAAUUCAUCUUCGAACAAAUGGAGAGGCCAAAAGUUGAAAAGAGGUUCAAGCAACGAUGAUUCACAACUUUUCAAGAGCCGUUUUCGCAUUCCUAUCAAAGGGCGGAUACAAUUGGUUCUCAGUAACCCGGAAAAGACACCCCUUCACACUUUUCUCUGCAACUAUGAUCUGAGCGACAUGCCGGCUGGUACCAAAACAUUUAUGCGCCAAAAGGUCACCCUGGCUUCUCCUGUCCAAAGUACUCCAGAGUUGAAACAAGAGUUCUCACAUAAGGGUCAUCCUGUAAAUACAGGGAAAUCUACUGACCAGAAUUGCGAAGUUAAAGGAACUGAAGUCAUUGAUUUAGUGGAUUCACUAGAUAAAAUAGAUUCUUCCGACAGAUUCCCAAAUAUGGGGAGGGUAGAUGUCCCUUCAAGAAUUCUGGAAAGUGAAUGUAAUGAGUGUAAAUGCCAGAAAACUGAUGGGAAAGUAUGCACCAGCAACAAAUCAAGCCUUGAAGCUGGAAAGAAAUCUGGUCAUAACUGCUCAAAGGUCAAUAAAAAUACGACUGGUGCUGGUGCUCUGCGUUAUGCCCUUCAUCUCCGUUUUCUGUGCCCCCCUCGUAAGAAGUGUUCUAGGUCAAUUCAAAGAUGUAAAUCCGAUCCCCUAUCCACACCGGAAAAACAAGAUGUAGAAAUGGGGACAGACCGUCGGUUCUACUUAUACAAUGACUUGAGGGUUGUUUUCCCUCAACGCCAUUCGGAUGCUGAUGAGGGCAAGUUGAACGUGGAGUACCAUUUCCCUGAGGAUCCGAGGUAUUUCGACAUCAGCAACUGAGAUCGUUACCUUGGCGCUGACCAUGUACAUACAUAUAUACAUGCUUCAUCACAUUGUUUCGUCUUAGUCAUCUCAUCUCGAAAUGACACUAACCCUUUCAGAAUUGUACUCGCUUUAUCAAAUAACUUGUUUGAUGGGUUACGUAUUGUUUCUAUUGAAAGAUGAGGAUGCAUUUUCAAUUUGCCAUUUCAAAUGGCCGGUUCUGUAUUCUACUUUUGUUAUCGUUUCUUCUAUUGAGGGAAAAGUAACGAAGGUCCUAGACU